AUUACUGUCACCUUUUGGGGAGUUCCCUGGUGGUCCAGUGGUUAGGAUUCUGCGCUUACACUGCAGGGGGCACUGGGUUAGAUCCCUGGUCGGGGAACUAAGAUCCCACAACGUUCGGUCGUCCCUCAAAGACGACAAAGAUGCUCGGUUGGACUUGCACCGAGUUGGGCGCAAGGCAAGGCCCAGGAGGUGGGCGGGGGUUGGUGGUGAGAUGGGCGGCUCCGGCCCAGGCUCUCAGGGCUUCCUCUGCCGGGGGUUGGUGCCAAAAACUGGACAGUCGGCGGGGUGGCAGCCUGGCUCCACAGCCCGGAAGGUCCGAGGCGGCAGCAUUCGGGAUGACGUCGUGCGGCUCUAGAUGUCUGUGGAUCCUCAAGAUGUCGGUCUUACUCUUGGCCCUGGGCACUGUGUUAUUUAUGUUCAGAAGUAUAUACGUUUAUACAGAGUCCAGGAGCGACACACCACAGCUCCCUCACCCUGCUCUGGCUGCCGGGAUGCUGAAGCUUCCACCUGAGAAACGUGUCAGGAGCCUCUUUACCUACGAUGGAAUCUGGCUCUUUCCGAAAAACCAGUGCAAAUGUGACGACUCGGAGCUUCAGAGAAGCUAUAACUUUGAGGAUGCCUAUGACCCGAGUGACCUCCCUGCGGUGAAAAUGAGGAGGCAGGCUGAAUUUGAGCACUUUCAGAGGAGAGAAGGGCUGCCUCGCCCACCGCCCGUGCUGGCUCAACCCAAUCUCCCCUUUGGGUACCCAGUCCACGGGGUGGAAGUGAUGCCCCUGCACACGGUUCCCAUCCCAGGUCUCCAGUUUGAAGGACCAGAUGCUCCCAUCUAUGAGGUCACCCUGACAGCUUCUCUGGGGACGCUGAACACCCUCGCUGACAUCCCAGACAGUGUGGUGCAGGGCAGAGGCCAGAAGCAGCUGACCAUUUCAACCAGUAGCCAGGAGCUUUUGAAUUUCAUCCUCCAGGACGUGACAUACACGAGCACAGAGUACCAGCGCCACAGGGUGGACAUGGUGACUCUGGAGUCCAGCUCCUCAGUGGCCAAGUUUCCGGUAAUCAUUCGCCUUCCUGUCAUGCCCAAGUUAUAUGACCCUGGACCAGAGAGGAAGCUCAGAGACAUGGUGACAAUUGCCACCAAAACUUUCCUCCGUCCCCACAAGUUCAUGACCAUGCUCCAGAGCAUUCGCAAGUAUUACCCAGACUUGACCGUGAUCGUGGCUGAUGACAGCAAGAAGCCCCUGAAAAUUAAUGACAGCCACGUGGAGUAUUACACCAUGCCCUUUGGGAAGGGUUGGUUUGCUGGUAGGAACCUGGCCAUAUCUCAGGUCACCACCAAAUACGUUCUCUGGGUGGAUGAUGACUUUCUCUUCAAUAACAAGACCAAGAUUGAGGUGCUGGUGGAUGUCUUAGAGAAGACUGAACUGGACGUGGUGGGCGGCAGUGUGCUUGGAAACGUGUUCCAGUUUAAGCUGUUCCUGGAGCACGGUGAGAAUGGGGACUGUCUCCACCGGCGGUCAGGAUCUUUCCGGCCCCUCGACGGCUUCCCUGGCUGCGUGGUGACCAGCGGUGUUGUCAACUUCUUCCUGGCCCACACAGAGCGGCUCCAAAGUGUUGGCUUCGACCCCCGCUUGCAGCGCGUGGCGCACUCAGAAUUCUUUAUUGAUGGGCUUGGGAGCCUGCUCGUGGGGUCCUGCUCAAAUGUGAUUAUAGGUCACCAGCCCCAUUCUCCAGUGGUAGACCCAGAGCUGGCAGCCCUAGAGAAGACUUACAACGCAUACCGGACCAACACCAAAGCUCAGAUUGAGUUCAAGCUGGCUCUCCACUACUUCAAGAACCACCUCCAGUGUACCACAUAAAGGCAUCCAGGCAUCAGAAAAGUGCUAGGCUGACUGGUUGCAGGUAUCGAAAACAGAGGAACUGGUGGAUGCGCUACCAAAAUUUGAACUCCUGAUGAGAUGAACAGGGCAGAUGGGUCUGGCUCAGUUAUCGGAAGUAUUGAUCAAAAGCUAAGGGUGAUUAGAAAUGGACAAAUCACUGAUCAGGGUAAUGGAGACUGUGUUAAUCAUUGUUUCUAAGAUAUCUUACCAUUUGUGAAGCAUUUGUACAGAUAAUAUCUCACAUCAUCUCACACUAAAGAGUAUAUAAUGGGUUGGUAUCCUCGGUCAAAAAGAUGGCUGCUGGGUCCUUGAGGGUUAUUUGGUGGAAAUUAUAUCACAGAUCAUCUCCAGCAUCACUGUCAUCCAUAAAAUUUUUUUUCGUCCUGCCUUGUGGACUCAAUUAAUGUGAAUAACGCAGGGUCUUUGCCUUGAGAAGGUGGCAGCCUGGUUCAGUUCAGUCCGCUAGUAGAAUUGGGCAGCCAGGGCCAGAGGAUCAGAGGAGGGAGGAGUCACAAGGGCCCAGGCAGGUGAGGAGGGCUCUGUGGAGUCAGCUCACCUGGAGCCCUGCACAGGGAUGGAACGCAGGCAGCUGGAGGAUGAGAUCAUUGUGGGUAGUCUACUCACUGGUGGAAUAAAGGUUUCCCUGAUAUCAGACUUCCUACCAUAAAGACACAUUCCAGAAUGCCUGGGAUUGAACUGGAACCCUGUGCUGAGUUGGCAUGAUAAACAGUGUAAGUGCAGUGGCCAAGCCACCAAAUUCCAAGGCCUUGAGGUCAGUUGCUGACCACUCAAGACCCAUGGUAUCUACAGAGUGGAGCCACCCCGAUGAGGCAGGCUCUCUCUGUUAUCCUGGGGGUCAGCAGAUUCUCCUACAGCUUCACUGGCUCUGCCUUUUGGCUUCCACUCUUUCCUACUGAAGACAGCCUAGGGUAGUUCAGGAUCUCUGAAAAUGUGUCUGUGAGAUAUUAAUAAAACUUGAUGAAAAAAAAAAACUUCAUGAAAAAUGUUUUGGUGAUCAAAUAAUUUUGAAAAAUACUGUAUGCUCUAUCUGCCUCUUGGACAGUCACAAUUCACAGUAGUAUAUUCAAGGCUCUGAGAAGUCCUGCUGUAAAGAAAUUGGCUUAACUUCAGCAUUUCUCAGAUAUGGAUAAAGACUGGCAAUCAUUUUUAUUCUCCCAAACAGGAAUAAAGCACAUACCUCAUUCCA